AUGACAUCGGCUGACCAGCUCAUUGCUAGCCUCCAAGGCACAGACAUCAACUCGUUUGCUGACGAAGCCGAGCGGAUUCGUGCCCGGGAUGCCGUGUUUGAAGCCCUCAGGAGGAUUCAGUCCCCAUGGGACAUUGCGUGGGACCACAACUGGGUGAGCGGCGCCAUCAAUGCCUCCAUCAAGACGCUCAUCGACGCCGGCGUCUUCAAAAAGUGGGCGGAGGCCGGUGGUAAAGCCAUCACUUGCACCAGGCUUGCCGAGCUCACAGGAGCCGACGUGCUGCUCAUCAGACGCAUGAUGCGCGCCAUUGCCGGCCAGCACCUCGUCACCGAGGUUGCCCAAGACACGUACGAGCGCACCCCCUGGGCCAAGGCCCUCGCCGAGGACGCCUCGUUCGCGGGCAUGUACGGAGGCUUCUACCACGAGCUCAACAACCCCAUGUUCCGCACGCUGCCGGUCUACCUCAAGAAGACGGGGUUCAAGAACCCGACCAACGUGAAUGAUUGCAACUUCCAGUUCUGGCGCGGCGAGGGCGCCAACAUGUUCCAGUACGUCGGCACGAACCCGCUGCUGACGUCCGACUUCAACGACGCCAUGGAGUGCCACUCCAAGUACAACCUGACGCCCUGGGUCGACAUCUACCCGACCGAGACCGCCGUCGCAGCUGCCAGGGAGCGCAGCGGCUCCUCCCCGGUCGUCGUCGUCGACGUCGGCGGCGGCAAGGGUCACGACCUGAAAAAGUUCCUCGCGCGGCACCCAGAUCUGCCCGUCGGCAGUCUCGUGCUGCAGGACCUCCCGGACAUCCUUAAGGGCGUGCCCGAAGACCUCGAGGCGGACGGGGCCAUCGCGGUGCAGCCGCACGACUUCUUCACGCCGCAACCGGACAGCGCCCGGGGUGCGCGCAUCUACUUCAUGCACAACGUGCUGCACGACUGGCCCGACGAGACGGCGCGGCAGAUCCUGCGGGCGCUGGCGCCCGCCAUGGAGAAGGGCUACUCACGCCUGCUGAUCCACGAGAGCCUGGUCAGCAGCGAGAAGCCGCUGUCGCGCGUGACGGUGUCCGACAUCACCAUGAUGGCGUGCCUGGCGGCGGCCGAGCGGUCCGAGGAGCAGUGGCGCGAGCUCAUUGCGAGCGCGGGCAUGAGGGUGGUCAAGAUCUGGCGCCCGGUGCAGUCGGUGGAGAGCAUCAUUGAGGCUGAGCUGGCUUGA